CAUGCGAUGACAGCCAACACAACAUAAUAAAUAAGUAGCAGAAUAAGUAAUAAUAAACAUAAGUUGGUGCUAUUCAUUCUUUCCCUUUUCCGUUCUUGUUUCGGUUCAUUUUAAAAAUAAACAUUGAGGUAGGACCCGGUUGGUUGUGCCAUUCACAUUGUUCGUGAAGUCAAAAAGAUCAGGGGCCCACAGGAGGCGAAACACACACACACGGCGAAAGUGAAAAUGUGAAUUUGAAUAACAAAUCUGACACCACAGAGUCUCUAUUAUUUUCGCUAUUAUCAUUGUUGUUGCCUGUUGCUCUCUCUCUCUCCAUUUUUGUUGUUGCUCGUUGUACGUGGAAAUAUUUUCGGUGUUUUUUUUUUCUUUCAUUCAGACAAGGUUUAUGUAAAUGAUACGCGUAGAGCGGAAAAAUGGCACCAACAAAGAGUUUAUCGCGUGAAAAGUCCGUUAUCAAUGCAUUGAAAUCGUUUCACAAAGAGUAUGUGAAUGUGAAUUAUGCGAAAUCGUUGUUAUUUGAUCCAGCAAAAUUGUCCAUCGUUUCAGUUGGCAUUUUGUUUGUUGAACUCCUGCUGAAUGUGUUCAUUGUGCAGCGUGUGAAUUACACUGAAAUCGAUUGGAUCGCCUAUAUGCAAGAGUGUGAAGGAUUUUUGAACGGCACAACCAAUUAUGCAUUGCUAAAAGGCGACACCGGACCAUUGGUGUACCCAGCUGGAUUUGUGUACAUCUACACGAUAUUCUACUAUCUUACCGAUCAUGGUCGAAACAUUCGAUUGGCACAAUAUUGUUUUGUGGGCAUUUACCUAUUGCAAAUGUACUUGAUGUUGAAAAUUUACACGAAAAGUCGUAGAGUGCCGCCAUAUGUGUUGAUCUUCAGUGCCUUCACCUCAUAUCGUAUUCACUCAAUCUAUGUGUUGCGAUUAUUCAACGAUCCAAUCGCCAUUCUGUUCCUGUAUGCUGCUCUGAACUUCUAUUUGAAUGGCAAAUGGACGGCGGGCAGUAUAUUUUUGAGCCUAGGUGUCUCGGUAAAAAUGAAUAUUCUUCUCUUUGCACCGGCCAUUCUGUUGCUGUACAUCGUGAAUCUCGGCUAUUUGGACGCCAUCAAACAGUUGAGCAUCUGUGCAAUUGUUCAACUACUCUUGGGUACACCAUUCUUGCUCACACACCCAGUGGAAUAUUUAAAAGGUAGCUUCGACUUUGGCCGUAUUUUCGAACACAAAUGGACCGUCAACUAUCGCUUUUUACCCAUCGAAAUCUUUGAACACAAAUAUUUCCACAUCACUCUGCUGGCCGUGCAUGUGGCAUUGUUACUCAUUUUCAUAGUGCCUUCAUACAAAUAUAUGCAAAGCUAUUGUCGAUUGCGUACGCUACAAGCACAGUUGCAACCCCAAAUCGAUGCAAAAAACCGUGAAGUCGAACAAUUGGAUAGCAAAAAAGCGGCCAAAAAUAAAUGCAAAACAAAAGACACCGACGAUAAACAAACGGAAGAAGAGAUGACCAUCCAUCAAAAGAUAUUUUUGAAUUCAUUUGAAAAAAUGCUAAGAAAAACUAGCGGAGUACCAGCACAAUCACCGGCCCCUACUCAGGCCAGUGAUGCAUCGACUAAAACGCAACCAAAGUACGAAAUUCACUUUGAUCGUGCCGUUCAAUUGGUCAUUCUACCAAUUUUCCUGUCGAAUUUCAUCGGUAUCAUGUGCUCACGAAGUCUACACUAUCAAUUUUAUGUAUGGUACUUCCAUACACUACCAUAUCUCACCUGGUUCACAGAUUUCAAUGUCAGUCUCAAACUGCUGCUACUCGGUCUCAUCGAAUUUGCAUGGAACACAUACCCCAGCACCGUGCUAUCCAGCUCACUAUUGCAUCUAAGUCAUGUUAUAUUAUUGUAUGGCGUUGGUAUUAAAUUGUUAAACAUCGAACAGGAUACGCAACGGGUGAAAAUCAAGUAAAAUGUGUCGAACAUGUGUCAUUUUGUUGCGAGUUAAGCAAUCCGAGUCAUGGCUAUACAAUCAAUACAAGACUGUUUAUUAAUAUGUUUUUUUUUUGUUCUCGUCGAGUUCUGCAUGGACUUAAGAGAGUUUAAUAGAGUUUCAAUCAAGUUAAUCUUGAUACCAAUUGAGUCAUAUGAUAGCAAAGCAAACAAACUAUUCGAUUGAUUUGGAUUCGAAACAAUGAAAAAUUGGAAUUUUUAGAUGAAAAGUAGAAAAAAGACGGUUUGCUUUUGUUUAUAAUUUUUUUUUUCUCUUUGCUAAUUGAUCUGUUCUUUUUUCGUUUAUUUUGUCGAGUUUACGAGUGGGUGGGUUAAGAAAAAACAACAAUUUUUUGUUAACAUAAAAAGAUAUUUGUCAAUUGGUUUCUUUUUAAUAAUGUCAAACAGCAAUUAUAAAAAAUUGAACUUCAAUCCAAACAAAAA